CCGCCAAGGGGUCCUUCAACUCAAAAUUCUUGAGAGAAAAUGGCCGCAACGCUGCAGUUUCCAGCUAAUGUUUUAUCUUUUAAUAAUUAUAAUGAUGCCGUUCCUGACUGGACGCAGAGGGAAGUCAGCACAGGGACCACCAUCAUGGCGGUGGAGUUCGACGGAGGAGUCGUGAUGGGCGCCGACUCUCGCACCACCACCGGCGCUUACAUCGCCAACCGCGUGACGGAUAAGCUCACGCCGAUCCACGAGCGGAUCUUCUGCUGCCGCUCCGGCUCCGCGGCCGACACACAGGCCAUCGCUGACGCCGUCACGUACCAGCUGGGCUUCCACAGCAUCGAGCUGGACGAGGCUCCUCUGGUCCAGACGGCAGCGAGUCUCUUCAAGGACAUGUGCUACAGAUACAGAGAGGAGCUGAUGGCCGGCAUCAUCGUGGCCGGAUGGGACAAGCGGAAGGGUGGACAGGUGUACACAGUGCCUGUGGGAGGGAUGAUGACCCGGCAGCCGGUGUCGGUCGGCGGAUCCGGCAGUAGUUACAUCUACGGUUAUGUGGAUUCAAACUACAAAGCAGGAAUGACCAAAGAGGAGUGUCUCAAAUUCACUGCAGGAGCGCUGACUCUGGCCAUGGAGCGAGACGGCUCGAGUGGAGGAGUGGUGAGGCUGGCGGUGAUCUCUGAGCUGGGAGUGGAGAGACAGGUGAUCCUGGGGAACCAGUUACAGCAGUUCUCCACCGUCUGAGUCUCGGAACUCAGCACAUGUUCGGCAGUGAAGCUCAAUAAACAUGACUUCUCACAACUGUU